AUGAGGCCCUGGGAAUCGGGACCUGGAUCGAUGGAAGCUCGAGUUGCCUCCCCCGUCUCCUCCGAUCAUGGACAUGGCCUCCUACCGUCCCCGCGCCCGCGCGUGGCCAACGCCUGUGACGUCUGCAAACGCCGCAAGGUUAAGUGCAACGGCGCCACGCCAUGCGGUUACUGUGUGAGCCGGAAACAUCCUUCGUUGUGCCUUUAUUCGCCUCCGAGACAACGGAGGGCGAGGGUGAGGGUGAGCAGGUUGACGGGAGUACAGGAGGGGGAACAGGGUGGACAGGAAGGACAUCAAGAACCAUCUGAAGCAGAUGGAGGAGGUGGUGCGCAUUCGGCGGUAUCACCACAGCCAUCAUGCUCAUCUCGGGGGGGUCAUGCUGUUCAUCCAGCACCAGCGGCCUCCACUUCACAAGCCCGGGCCUCGAGCAGGAGCAGCAACAGCAGCAGCAGCAAAGAGACGCCGCCGGUCGUGACAAAAGAGUCGGAAAUUCCAAGCCGGAGAUCUCUGCCAGGGGAAGUCACUGGAGGCAGCGUAGUAGGCAACGUAGGGCAGUCACAGCCACAGACACAGUCACGGCAGGGGCGGCAGCAUCAAGAGAACCAGCACGAUGUUGUUCAACAAGAACAGGAAGGACAGCAAGAAGAACAAGAACAACAACAACCACGAGAACCUGGUCCAGGGGCAGAAGCCCACAACGAAGAAACCGAAGUCCCCCGCGAAGGCCGUCUCCUCGUCGACCCUCAGGGGAAACUCAUCUUCAUCGGUGACUGCGCCCCGCUUUCCUUCUUCCGCACCGUCCAGAGGCUGAUCAUCUCGCGCAUUGAUCCCGAUGCCUUUGCGCCUGAGAAUAGCGGGUACUCGGCUUUGGAGAACAACAAUGCUGCGUAUUACCCUAGGGCAUCUGGUGCUGAUGCUGCUGCUGGUGUUUUCCCUGCUGGUGAUGGUGGAUAUGGUGGCAUUGGUCGUGGUGGUGGUGGUGGUGGUGGUGGAUAUAGUGGCGGUGGUGGGCGUGGAUCUCCUCUCGUCCAAACCUCCAUCAUUGAAUCGGCUGUUACGGCGUACUUUCAAAGCACGGCCGGGCUCAUUGAUAUCUUUGAUGAUCAGGCGCAGCAGCCGAGGCAGUUGAUUGAGGAUAUUACUUCUUGGGCGGUGCAACUUGGUCGGUCAAGGACGGGGAUGAGGGCGGCGAACGAGGAGGAGGGGACGUUCCUGGGAGCUGGAGGAACUGGAGGCGUACCACCAGGAGGAGACGCCACUUCGGCCGUCUUCUACCUCGUCCUCGCCAUUGGGCUGCUUUUCCAAAAGACCAUCACCAACAAAUCAUCUUCUUCCCCCCGGUCCGAGCCGUCAGGAGUGCCGGAAUCCUCCUUUCCCGAAUCCGAAAGCAUCGCCCAAGCCUACUUCGAUCAUGCCCGCGACCUCGCCUUCGCCAACCUAAGCGGCAACCUCGGCCUAGCCUCGGUGCAGUCCUUCCUGCUCAUCACGCUCUACAUGCUAGGGGCGUGCCAGAUCAACGGGGCGUUCAUCUUCUUUGGCAUCGCCGCGCGCUCGGCCUUCAGCAUCGGAAUUCAUCGCACCGAGGUUAAUGCACGCUUCAGUCCCGAGAUUCACCGCCAGCGUGACCGGCUGUGGAAGAGCCUGCGCGUGGUGGACCUGUUCCUUAGCACGUCCAUGGGCCGACCACCUGCGACCAGCGACGUUGACUGCACGGUGCUGUACCACGCCGUGGACGGCGAAGGGAGGGAGCAGACGGAUCCGGAUUUCAGUGGGGACUAUCUGCUGAACGGGUCGGCGCAGAUCUUUUUGAUCAUUGAGGGAAUCGUGUUGGAGGUGUACUCGAGGCGGAAAAUCUCGCCGCAGCUGACGGAGGGUAUCUCGAGGGAGUUGAGGGAGUGGUCAGCUAGGUGGUUGCAAAGGCUGAAGCGGGUGAUUGAUGAGGAGCGACCACGGCCAAGCCCGAGACAGACGCCGCUACUGACGGCAGCGGGGUCGGAGGCAAUGGUGGUUAAUGGAGCUUGUCAGGUGCUUGCCUCGUAUUAUUAUGCAGUGAUUCUGGUGUCGAGGCCGUUCCUCAUGGUUGAACUGAGGCGAAGGCUGGCCGAGGGGUAUCCGGCGGAAGCAUUCACAGCAAGAGAUGGGGUGGUGACAUCGGGCAAAUCCAAACUUGCGGAUGCUUGCAUUGAUGCUGCUAGUUUGAUGGUUGAUCCGAUCCAGGAUCUGAUUGAAAGAGGUUUGAUGGCUCGGCGGGCGCCCGUGAUUGUGUCAUGGCUCUUUGCCUCCUCGCUUGUCUUGGGCUUAGGCCUUCUGGGAGGCUUUGGUCGUAUCAUCGAAAAGUACUGCCGUGCUUCCAUCGCAGCGCUGGAGUACUUUGCCGAAGCCGAUGCUCACGCCGUGCAGUACUCGCUUAUCGCCAAGUCCCUGCUCAACACGGCCUUGGCCUAUUUAGAAAAGAGGGAGAUGCAAGAUCGGCUUCGAAGAACGGAAAGCUCGUCCCAGUUAUUUGGUCUUAUACCUGGUCGAAACUCUGGGGACAACACUACAAAUGAGAACCACAACAAUGACAACCACAACAACAACAACCACAAUAUCAUCAACGGUCACGAAGAUCUCAGAGACACCUCCCUCACUUCCCAUCAACAUCAAUACGACCAACAAUCCCACUAUCAACGAAGCAUCCAACACACCAACCCCUCAGUAGGAGGACAAUUUGGUGGUAUCCCUGGAAGUUUUCGCGGCGAUGGUAGUACUCUCACACAACAACCACCACCACCACCACCACCCAAACCCUCAUCAUAUCACAUUGGAACACACCACAACUCGCACAAUCAUCACAAUUACCUCCACCACCAUCAUCACCAUCCCCAUGCUCAUGCCCAUGCACACACACCAUCAUCUACCGCCUUCUCCCCCGUUGUCAGCCGCUUCAACAGCAACAACAUGAAUCGCCACUUUGACUUUUUCGGCGGACACGAGUCAACAUCAACAGCAGCAACCACUUUUCUCGGCAUGACCGAGUCCCUUCCUCGCACGCCCGAGUUCUCUAUCAUGGGCGGCUCGCUGGACUCGGAUGCGGAUCAGACAUUUGGAGCGCUCAAUCUGUUUCCGUUGUUGGAGACGGAUGGGCAUAUCGAUUUGGCUAAUUACUUUUGA